AUGGCUUCAUUUCUUAAUAAAGUUGGUUAUUUAUCUAAACUGUUGCCUAGACAGGAAUGUCUUAAUCACAGAAGGAGAUAUGGUUUGAAGAGUCCACUAUGUUAUGAUAUUGCAGUAAUUGGGGGAGGCAUAGUGGGAUCAGCCUCAGCAAGGGAAUUGGCUUUAAGACACCCCACUUUGAAGAUUGCUCUAUUGGAAAAAGAAAACUGUUUUGCAUUUCAUCAAAGUGGGAACAAUAGUGGAGUAAUUCAUGCAGGUAUUUAUUAUAAGCCAGGCUCUUUGAAAGCAAAGCUUUGUGUUGAAGGCCUCAAUCUUUCAUAUAAGUAUUUAGAUAAAAAAGGAAUUAAAUACUCAAAAUGUGGGAAACUUAUUGUGGCUACAAAUAGGGCAGAGGUUCCUCGUCUUCUUGACCUUUAUGAUAGGGGACUCCAAAAUGGCGUGAAAGAUAUUCAAUUAUUGGAUGCAAAAGAAAUCAAAGAAGCAGAACCAAAUGUUAAUGGCAUUCAAGCUGUAUGGUCUCCCCACACUGGCAUUGUUGAUUGGGGUGAAGUGACACGAUCCUAUGUAAAGGAUUUUGAACAGUGUGGUGGAAAGAGCUAUUUGACGUUUGAUGUAACAAGUUUUAUUGAGGGUGACAAUUCGGAAUACCCUGUUGUAAUAAGUGACAAGAAGGAAAACACUAUCCAGGCAAAAUAUGUCCUCACUUGCUGUGGUUUACAUUCAGACACAGUGGCAGUACUGACAGGUUGUCCUGAAGAACCAAAAAUCAUCCCUUUUAGAGGGGAAUACCUAUAUCUUUCACCCCAGAAAAGUACCCUUGCCAAAGCAAACAUUUAUCCUGUACCUGAUCCAAGAUUCCCAUUUCUUGGAGUACAUCUCACACCUAGAAUAGAUGGCCGAGUAAUUGUUGGUCCUAAUGCCAUUUUAGCAUUUAGUAAGGAGGGCUAUAGGUGGGGUAAUGUCAGUGUAAAAGAGCUAAGGGAAAUAUUGGCGUUUUCUGGCUUCCAAAAAAUGGCUUUGAAAUAUGCUGGAUUUGGAUUGAAAGAGAUGAGUCGAUCUAUAUUUAUACCUCUUCAAGUUAAGCAGAUACAAAAAUAUAUUCAAAAUAUAACAAGUAAUGAUGUAGAGAGGGGGCCUGCUGGAGUAAGAGCACAAGCUAUGGGGAAAGAUGGUACCCUAAUAGAGGACUUUGUAUUUGAUUCAAAGCCUGGUUCAGGAGCCAUAGGCAGUAGAGUACUCCACUGCAGGAAUGCACCAUCUCCAGGGGCUACUUCAUCCCUGGCUAUUGCAAAAAUGAUAGCGGACAAAAUGAAAGAUGAGUUCAGAUUUUAA